AUGGCGGCGGUCAACCUCCUCGCUGAGUCUGCCGCGGUGCGCUUGAGGGCGCCGGCGCCGCCGAGCGCGGGGGAGGAGCUUGCGGCCAGGCUCACGGAGUGCGGGUUCCCCGCCACGGCGCGCCGAGGGGGAGCGGUCGCGGGGGUUGGGGAGAGCGCGCGCAAGUGGAGGGAGAUGGCGGCCAGGAAGGAGGAACUCCUGCUGCGGAGCCGGGGCCGAGUCGCGUGGACGAUCGUCGCGCUUUGCUGCGGUUCGCAUGCGUCCCACAUCCUGCACUCGCUCGGUAUCCAUGUUGGCCACGGUGAGUUACCACGAGACAUUCAUAGCGCUGCAAAGGUUUUUGAAUCGCAGCUUGCGGAAUCAUUAUUAGAAGGUGACGGACAGCUUGCGUUCAAGAAGCUUGCAACUGCAACGCUGGAAACUUUGAUGCCAAGGAUUGAAGGCAAGGGUGAGUUUGGACAGGCACGGUGGCGACUGGUUUAUGCUCCGCAGAUCCCAAGUUUACUCUCUGUGGAUCCAACAGUUGAUCCGCUAAAAUCUCUGGCAAACAAUAUCUCUUUUGCCACGGAGGUCGAAGUGCAGCUCGGAAAACGCCUUCAGGCCUCUGUCGUCAGGCAAAUGAAAGAUUCAGAAAUGGCGAUGCAGUGGACGCUGAUAUAUCAGCUAACCAGUAGGCUCCGUGUUCUCUUCCAGUCUACUCCAUCCAAUAGGCUUCUCUUCGAGUAUUCAGCAACAUCACAGGAAUGAUUCAUUUUUUGUUAUU